AUGGCCCUCAUUUCAGCUCGAUUCACUUUCCCCAAUCCCAAUCGCACUCCUUUCUUCUUUCCCACAUUAAAAGCUUUCCUCAGGGUGGAAAUCUACAAUAAGUGGCUUGAUAAAAUCGUGACUAGACGACUCAGUCUUAGUCAAGAUGCGGAGGCACUACUCUCGGUCUCGACAAUAACAACUGCCGCUUCAACAGAGUCGAGAGGUGUCUCCGAGGAGUCAUUGGACGUUGUUCAUGCAAUAGGUGAAACGGAAGGCCGAUUUGCACGCCAACGUCAACCAUCUGCAACAAUCCUUAUUCUGCUGGCAAGAUUCAAGUGGGACUUUCCUGACACACGAUCUCUCAGUUCCUCCGCAUCCACACUUCCUCGAACUGGUAAACCCACAACUCCUCUGGUGGUACCAUGCAAUGGUGAGCUAGAAGAUUUUCAAGCGUUCUCCUCCAGUGCUCCUGUAGUUCCGAAUUCCACAGCGGACUCCUGGACACCCUCGUCCUCAGUGGUUAGUCUGAAUCCGCCCUUGAGAACAAACGCCCCGUUGCCUCCCACAUAUAUCCAAAGAACACCCUCGCCGAUAAGUCUUGAUUCCAAUAUCGCUCUCAUUGAUUCCCUAUGCAACACUUGUUUUCGUCUGUUCAGUUGUCAAUUAGUCAACCUCGCGGGUGCUCUUAGGCAUGUUAAGCACACUUGGUGUCCGGCUUCAUUUUCAAGCAUAACGCUUUGUAGACCCACUUUGGGGAAGAAAGCACAUGCUCCGAAAGGAUGUGAUAACGGUUACAUAGUGUAG